CAGGCUUAUUAAAACCGUAAAAAGACCCAUUAAAAUCCAAACCCACUUUUUAUCAAACCCACCAGCAAAUGCACACAGAAAGAGCGAGCAGCGCAGCCAAGCUAAAGCCACCGACCUGCCGCUGAUCUCUCCGGCAGCCCAAACCCAAAAUCUUAGUCAGUCAUUGCCAUGGGGAAGAAGAAGACAGAAGAAUCUGGUGCAGCAGUAAAAGCUAAGACCAACAGUUCUAAAGAUGUGAAGAAAGAGAAAAUUUCUGUGUCUGCCAUGUUAGCGAGCAUGGACCAAAAACCCGAAAAGCCCAAGAAAGGAACUUCCUCAACUGCUAAGGCAAAAUCAGCUCCAAAAAUUUCAUCAUACACUGAAGGUAUUGAUCUUCCUCCCUCUGAUGAUGAAGAAGAGUAUGUCUCAGGAGAUGAACAAUCGAAUCAGCACAAAAGAGCUGACUUCAAGCCACUAGAUGUAUCCAUAACUGGCAAAGAGUUAAAAAAGCGUGAGAAGAAGGUUAUUGAAGCUGCCCGUGCCAUCGAGCAGGCAAAGGAGGAGGCUCUUAAGGAUGACCAUGAUGCUUUCACUGUUGUAAUUGGAAGUCGGGCAUCAGUUCUUGAUGGGGAAGGUGAAGCUGAUGCUAAUGUAAAAGACAUAACAAUUGAAAAUUUCUCUGUGGCAGCACGAGGUAAAGAACUUCUAAAAAAUACGUCAGUUAAAAUAUCUCAUGGGAAGAGGUAUGGUUUGGUCGGACCAAAUGGAAUGGGCAAGUCUACCCUUUUAAAGCUUCUUGCUUGGAGGAAGAUUCCAGUACCAAAAAACAUUGAUGUGCUAUUGGUUGAACAGGAGGUAAUUGGUGAUGAUAACACUGCACUUGAAGCAGUUGUUUCAGCUAAUGAAGAACUUGUCAAACUCCGGCAAGAGGUCGCAUCUCUUCAGAACUCUAUUUCUGCUACAGGGGGUGAGGAAAAUGAUGAUGGUUAUGAUGAUGAUAAUGUGGGAGAAAAGCUUGCUGAACUAUACGAGAAAUUGCAGAUAGUUGGGUCAGAUUCUGCUGAAGCACAGGCCUCAAAGAUUCUUGCUGGUCUGGGAUUCACAAAGGAUAUGCAAGGUCGGGCUACUCGGUCAUUUAGUGGUGGCUGGAGGAUGAGAAUUUCAUUAGCUAGGGCACUUUUUGUGCAGCCAACUCUUUUGUUGCUUGAUGAGCCCACAAACCAUCUCGACCUGAGGGCUGUUCUCUGGUUGGAAGAGUACCUGUGCAGGUGGAAGAAAACUUUGGUGGUUGUUUCACACGAUCGUGAUUUCCUCAACACAGUCUGCAAUGAGAUUAUUCAUCUUCAUGACCUGAAACUCCACUUUUACCGUGGAAAUUUUGAUGAUUUUGAAACUGGGUAUGAGCAGCGUCGCAAAGAGGCAAACAAGAAGUUUGAAACUUUUGACAAGCAGAUGAAAGCUGCCAAAAGGAGUGGGGACCGAGUUCAGCAGGAUAAGGUCAAGGAUCGAGCAAAAUUUGUGGCAGCUAAAGAAGCAUCGAAGAAGAAGGGCAAGGGCAAAGUGGAAGAGGAUGACACUCCCAUUGAGGCUCCUAAGAAGUGGAGGGAUUACAGUGUGGAGUUCCACUUUCCAGAACCUACUGAGCUUACACCUCCACUCUUGCAACUUAUUGAAGUUAGCUUCAGUUAUCCAAACCGUGAGGAUUUCAGGUUGUCAAAUGUUGACGUGGGUAUUGAUAUGGGGACUCGAGUUGCGAUUGUUGGGCCUAAUGGAGCUGGAAAAUCUACCCUGCUCAACCUUCUUGCAGGUGAUUUGGUUCCUUCAGAGGGUGAAGUGCGGAGGAGUCAGAAGUUGAGGAUUGGUAGGUACUCCCAGCAUUUUGUGGAUCUCUUGACAAUGGAUGAAACACCGGUUCAGUAUCUUCUUCGGCUCCAUCCCGACCAAGAAGGAUUUAGUAAGCAAGAAGCUGUCCGUGCAAAGCUUGGAAAGUUUGGACUCCCCAGCCACAAUCAUCUUACCCCCAUUGUGAAAUUAUCCGGAGGGCAAAAAGCUCGAGUUGUAUUCACAUCAAUAUCCAUGUCAAGGCCCCACAUUUUACUAUUGGAUGAACCCACCAAUCAUUUAGAUAUGCAGAGCAUUGAUGCACUUGCUGAUGCACUUGAUGAAUUCACUGGUGGAGUUGUUCUUGUCAGUCAUGACUCAAGGUUGAUAUCACGUGUGUGUGAUGAUGAAGAGAGAAGUGAAAUUUGGGUUGUUGAAGAUGGUACUGUGAAGAAAUUCGACGGGACUUUUGAGGAUUACAAGGAGGAGCUACAGAAAGAAAUUAAAGCUGAGGUUGAUGAGUGAGGUCAUACAAUUGUGAUUCAAUUCAUUGUUUUGGCCCAUUUACACAUGAAUAUUUUGCAGGCAUUUGCUUUCUUGGUUAUGGUUAAUAAACAUGUACGCAUCAUAGAGAUGCAAAUUUUUAUUAUAUAUGAUGAGUGUAUAAUUAUUCGGGUUGUGGAAAUAGUGAACUUAGAUGCAAUUGCUGUUAUAAAAAAAAUUUCUCAACUGGUUAAAAGCA